CAUCCGACUUUAUUCGUUCUCACUUCCGGAAGAAAAUGGCCAGCAAGAGUAAGACACCAAAGUCUCUCACAAAGGAGGAGGAACUCCUACUGCAAGACUUCAGUAGAAAUGUGUCAACGAAGUCAUCAGCUCUCUUCUACGGAAACGCUUUAAUUGUUUCAGCGAUUCCAAUCUGGUUAUUCUGGAGGAUCCAUCAAAUGGACCUGUACCAGUCAGGUAUCCUGUUUGCGGUUGGAACCAUCAUCAGCACCUACCUUGUAGCUUUGGCAUACAAAAACGUCAAAUUUGUCCUCAAACACAAAAUUGCAUUAAAAAGGGAAGAUGCUGUGUCCAAAGAAAUGACUAAGAAAUUUGCUGAUGAUAAACGAAUGACAAAGAAAGAAAAGGAUGAAAGAAUACUUUGGAAGAAAAAUGAGGUGGCAGAUUAUGAAGCUACAACAUUUUCCAUUUUCUACAAUAACGCAUUUUACCUUGUGUUAUUGGUGAUCGCCUCCUUCUAUGUCCUCAGGAGUAUCAACCCUACAUUUAAUUACCUGUGUUCCGUGGGACUAGCAGCAGGUUUGUUGGCCCUCUUCUCAACCAGCACCAAGUAAACAUCAUUUACAAGUUGACAUCAUCAGUAGGACGAUUACCAUUUUACCAUUGUGACCAGGGUGACGAGGAUAAAUACAAUCUUCUCAUCCAUACAAACCUGCAUUCGAUGUGUAAUGAUUCAGGAACCAAUUGGAACUAUUUAUUGUCGAGACUAAAAAUAUUCUGUACAUUUCAUAGGUGUUUUCAAUACAUCAGUUAAAGAAAUAAAGAUUUUUUUUAUAUGAAA